UGUAUUUACAUCUUACAGGUGUAUGCUUCUGGAUGCCAUAUAUGUUCAUUUUUCUGGAAUUCUGUAUUGAAGAUCUAUUUUGGUAUUACUCUUCUCUGAAUUUCAACGGGCUCAAUCCUUUAUAGUGUGGAAAUUUCGGUUUUUGAUAGGCUGGUAGUCGUGCCUUGUAGGUAUUUGUUGUUUUGUUGAUGAGAAUUUCAAGAGUCGUCUGCGUUGAAGGACAACUGUCCUCAGCCGCUGAAAUCAGCGUCGGUGGUGACGUUGAUCAAACGCUACUCAAGGAUGCAAAAACAAUUUCAACAAUCACUACUAUUACUUUCAUGAUUGAAUUAAAUAGGAAUUCUUUUGUCGCAAUCUGCAACUUCUUAUCCAUAAUGUUGCUAUCUAUCUGCUUGUACAAGCGUGUGCUUUUUCACUUGUUCAACCAGGUAGAUUUUAGAACUUGGACACAAGCAUAUCCAACAGUAGAUGUCAAUGGAUACCGCUUCACUUGCAUUUCUCGGUACCGCUACCAGUCUUGUCAUUUUCCUAUUCAAAUUCUCCACUGCCCUUGACACCAUUACUCCCUCUCAAUCUUUGAGCGAUGGCGAGACCUUGGUUUCCAGAGAGGGAACAUUCGAACUGGGUUUCUUCAGUCUCGACGAUUCUGAGAAACGUUAUUUGGGAAUUUGGUAUGGAAAUAUUCCCAGUAAAACUGUUGUUUGGGUUGCAAAUAGGAAUAAUCCGAUCAAUGGUUCUUCUGGUUUGUUGACUAUAAAUAGCACCGGCAAUCCUGUUCUCCUUAGUGACAACAGAACUGUUGUUUGGUCAGUAUCGAACUUGACAAAAGAAGCACAAGAGCCAAUUUUGCAGCUUUUAGAUUCAGGAAAUUUUGUUUUAAGAAACAAAAAUGGUGGAGAUUUAGGAAUCUACUUGUGGCAAAGCUUUGAUUAUCCAUGUGAUACACUACUACCUGGAAUGAAGCUGGGAUGGGACUCAAAGUCCGGACUUAAUAGACAUCUAUCAUCGUGGAGGAGUCCAACUGAUCCAUCUCCUGGAGAUUUUAUGUGGGAGGUACAAUUGCAUAGUAAUCCUGAGGCAGUUAUGUGGAAGGGCACAGAGAAAUACUAUCGGAGUGGCCCAUGGAAUGGUAUUGCAUUCAGUGGUGGCAUCGCACUAAGGCCUAACCCUGUCUUUGGGUUCAAUUUUGUGUCAACUGAGGAGGAGAUAUAUUACAAAUUCAACCUGAACAAUGAAUCUCUAUUAACAAGGAUAGUUAUGAAUCAAACCACAUAUAAUCGUGAGCGGUAUACUUGGAAUGAUGUCAAUCGAAGCUGGAGCCUCUAUGACAUUGUGCCAAGAGACCGUUGUGAUAGCUAUGGCCUUUGUGGUGCCUAUGGAAAUUGCAUAGUUAGUGAAUUGCCAGUUUGCCAAUGUUUAAAAGGCUUCAAGCCUAGAUCAUUAGAGACUUGGAACUUAAAGGAUUGGUCUCAAGGAUGCAUGCGCAAUAAACCAUUAAACUGCGAGACAGGAGAUGGGUUUCUUAAAUUUUCUGGGUUAAAGUUGCCAGAUACUACGCAUUCUUGGGUCAACAAAACAAUGAAUCUCAGAGAAUGCAGGGCUACAUGCUUAAAAAAUUGUUCUUGUAUGGCAUAUUCAAGUUCAGAUAUUAGAGGAGGAGGCAGUGGAUGUGCCAUUUGGUUUGGUGACCUGAUGGAUAUGAGACAGUUACCAGCUGAUGGAGGGCAAGAACUAUAUAUCCGAAUGAAUGCUUCCGAAACAGAGGGGAAAGCGAAACCUAAGAUGAAGAUAGCAAUUAUAACUGUUGCUGCCAUUGCAAUGGUCUCUGGGAUGCUUAUAGUCAGUUUUGCCAUAUACAAAAGGAAGACCAAGUCCACUGAGCAAACAUCAAAUAAUACACAAAAUAAUCAGGACAAUGAAGACAUAGAGCUACCACUGUUCGGGUUACCUAUAAUAGUUAAUUCCACCAAUAACUUUUCAAUCAACAAGAAGAUAGGAGAAGGUGGUUUUGGACCUGUCUACAGGGGCAAACUAAUAGAUGGACAAGAAAUUGCCGUGAAGAGGCUAUCAAGGACUUCUGGACAAGGGUUAAAUGAGUUCAAAAAUGAAGUCAUAUUUAUAGCGAAACUUCAACACCGAAAUCUUGUAAAGCUUCUUGGUUGUUGCAUUCAAGGAGAAGAGAGAAUGCUGGUUUAUGAGUACAUGCCCAAUAAAAGCCUUGACUCCUUCAUUUUUGAUAAAACAAGAAGUAGACUGCUAGACUGGGCCAAGCGUUUCAACAUUAUUUGUGGGAUUGCUAGGGGCCUUCUCUAUCUCCAUCAAGAUUCAAGAUUGAGGAUUAUUCAUAGGGAUCUCAAAGCAAGUAACAUAUUACUUGACAAUGAGAUGAACCCAAAAAUUUCAGAUUUUGGCAUGGCCAAAACUGUUGGAGGUGAACAAACUGAAGGAAACACAAAUAGGGUGGUUGGAACUUAUGGGUAUAUGGCACCGGAAUAUGCAACUGAUGGGAUCUUCUCAGACAAAUCUGACGUGUUUAGUUUUGGUAUCUUGAUCCUCGAGAUAAUAAGUGGUAAGAAAAGUAGAGGAUAUCAUCAUCCAGACCAUAGUCAUAACCUUAUUGGACAUGCUUGGAGAUUGUGGAAUGAAGGCAAGUGCUUGGAAUUGAUUGAUUCAGUAUCAGGAGAUUCGUUGUAUAUAUCGGAAGUGAUGCGAUGCUACCAUAUUAGCCUCUUAUGUGCGCAACAUCAUGCUGAGGACAGGCCAAGCAUGGCAGUUGUGGUUUUAAUGUUAGGUAGCAAGAAUCUAUUGCCUGAGCCCAAAGAACCUGGGUUUUUCAAGUACAAAGGUCGACACAGAGAAGAAUCUUCAUCGAGCAAAAUUGAAUCAUCCUCAACCAAUGAAAUGACGAUCUCAUUGCUGGAAGCUCGAUAGAACAUCAUCAACUACAUGCCAUGUGCUAUUUUUCCUGUAUUGGAUGUUGUUCAUGUAUAGAUUAUCUCCCUUCUAUAUUAUAUCUCCUGCAGAGGAAUUUAUUUACAAGUUUCCAGCUGCAAGGUGUAAGGCAACAAAUUAGAGGAAGCUAUGGUUGCUAUAGUUUGGUAGACGGGUAAGUGAAAGUCUUACAUAAUGUACCAUCUUACAAUUCCAUGAUUUAUAUCAAACAUAGGGCUGCUCAGUAUAAAAACUGAUGAUGGUAGAUUUCUGUGGCUGCUAUAAACCAUGAUGAUUGUAUGUAACGUUGUUAACAGUAUAAAAACUGAUGAUUGUAGAUUUCUGUGGCUGCUAUAAACCAUGAUGAUUGUAUGUAA